AUGUUCAUCACAGAGGAGAGUGUGACUGUUGGAGAGUGCCGGGACAUGUACGAGGACGAAUCGCCACCUGCUCAAAUCCCUCCGCCACUCAUCGAUGUAAGUGUUCCCGACCAGAUCACCGAACAAAACCCUUCGCCACACGGCUCUCUGCCAUUCGUCGACAACACUCCACUGGUCCCGACGCCGCUGGUCAAGCCGAUCCCGUCCCCGCUCGUCGACUUGACUCGACCGGACUUGACCACACACUCCCACGACUCCCUGCGAUUCGUCGACAAGACGCCGCUCGUCCCGACGCCUACGCCGCCGACGCCGACCAAGAGACGCACGUCACCGAUAGGCUCGCCGCAGUCAGCACCGCUCCCAGCGACUCGUCGCUUGUCCACGAUGUCCCCCGACGCCGGAACUACCUCGCCCCCGCCCGCCGUCGCUGCUCACCGCCCGACCCCGCCCACCGCCGCCGCUCGCCACCCAACCCCGCCCCCACAAAGGUACGUUCUGACGCCGCCCGACUCGUCACAUACACUCGACUCGCUGCUUGCACGGCCUGACUCGUCACCGACGCCUUGUGACUCGUCGCCUUGUGACUCGUCGCCAACGUCAUGCAUCACAACGCUGCCGCCUCCGGGUUUCGACAUCAUCCUGCCACCGAAUCGCCCUGCCACGCCCGGUGUCCCGAUGCCGACGCGACGCCUGAUUGACGCACCGCCACCCGGAUUUGACGCCAUCAUGUCGCCGGACUGCCCGGCCACAUCACCGCCAACCGCACCCGUUGACGCCGCGACGCCCCGCCAGCACACUCCACAAGCCACGAGCGUGACCAAGACCCAGGCCGCGCAGCCCUCCGCCCAACCAACACCGACCGCUAAGCACCAGCCUGUCAGCGAGGCCGAGCACAGCCCGCGCCUGCUGCCCGCCCGCAACGAGCCGCCAGACCGCAGUCACCCCACCAGGCGGCCGGCACCUUGGCCGCCGCCGAUCCAGAGCCGCUACCGCCACCUGCCGCGAGGGACAGCUGGUGGGUUGCCACCUCCAGGUUAG